GCAGAGAAGGCCCACCUCCUGGGCCCUGCUAGGUAACUGGAACUGAUGGAACUAGAAGUAGCCAACUGUAUCAGAUGUUAUAAUGUGGGCAGAAACCAUAGGACACAUAUAUCCCUUAAUUAGCUAUGCUCUAUGCCAAAUAGAUAAUAGUUAAUAGAGAUCAACCCUGACUGCUCUUUAGAAGGCCAGAUCCUGAAGAUGAAAUUGAAAUACUUUGGCCACCUAAUGAGAAAGAAGGACUCACUGGAGAAGAGCCUAAUGCUGGGAAAGAUUUGAGGGCAAAAGAAGAACGGAACGACAGAGAACGAGGUGGCUGGAUGGAGUCACUGAAGCAGUAGGCAUGAGCUUACAUGAACUCCAGAGGAUGGUAGAGGACAGGAAGGCCUGGAGGAACGUUGUCCAUGGGGUCGCGAUGGGUUGGACACGACUUCGCAACAAACAACAACAAUGCCAAAUAGGGUUUUAAAAGUGACAAUUGGUUCCAUAAAUUAUACUCCAAAGCAAACCGGAAUCAGUGCUAUUCAUUGAAGCAUAGAUGUCUGUGGGGAUGGUACAACCUGCCCAAUUCUCAUGCAGCUGUGGAACCACUGGUAUCUUUCAAGUGAUUAUCAAAACAACCCCUUCUACAGCACAUUGCAAUAAGAAAGGACACAACUGGUGAACAGGAUUAGUGCGAAAAACCUUUCUGAACACAGCUGUCGCCUGCCUCUCAAGCAUUGAGGGUCAAAGAUGGAAGAACUCGCACUAGGAGUCUCAAACAUCCACAACCAAUCUUGCUAGGGUUGAGGCUUAGUUUGUUCUUCCACAUCCAACCUUCAGAGCAAGUGCUGUAAAAGGUAUUGGUGUGGGCUUUUUGUUGUUGUUUUAAUCAGCAGGGGAAAAAUGAAUUACACAAAAUAGUAAAAAACAAACACAUAGAAGAAUAAAUGGCCUUGUAUUGCCUAUCAAAGUUAGUAAAACACAAUUAAGCCACAGGGAAAAAAUACAAAGAGUAAUUUUGUAGUAUCUGAAAAAGGUGUUCUCCAAUUUCUUUUGACCCUAAAAUAAAGUGUUCGGUGAAACAAAAAUAGAAAAUGAUGAACUAGUACUGUCUGCCAAGUCAAAUAAAGGGUGAUGGUAUUUAUGCAUAUCAAAUCAGCAAACAAUAUGAUGUAUUUGAAGACAAAAAGGUUACAUGUUUUAUAGUGCCAUGUUUAGGGAGCUGCAUUUGGUUAUAAUUCUAAGAUCUGAGUGCAAGCGUAGGUAGUCUUUCUAAUAAACAAUUGUAUGCAUAUUCUGAGGCUGAAAAAGUAUUUUAAAAGAUCUACUAGUAAUGCCCUAUAUGUAAAAUAAGAGGAAAAUCCUGGCAUCUCUGGAACAAUAAACAAAAUGAAAUAGGUUUGGAUAGUAGGAAUUAAUAUAUUUGUGGCAGUUUGGAUUGCAAAGGACAUUUAUUAUAGUGAUAGGAAUCAAGAAUCCAAAUUUGAAAAUAGAAUAAUGCGCUCGUAGGAGAAAAUGAUAUGCCCAAAAUCUCUGGGAAAAGAAUACAUUUUUCAUUAACAUUUCCAUGCAGUAUUUUUUAUAUAUAUAAAUAUAUAUUUACAUUCACUCUUAAGCAUUGGCAAGCAAGAAUCUUUGUCCUGAAAGUGUCCUAGGACAGAUCACAAUAUAAUCUAAAGUUUGGGUCUAUACAUCAUUCUAAGCCAGAUGUAGGCAAUCUUUAGCAUCUAAGGUCCAUGCUUUGGGGAUGGAGGGAUAUGUAACAGUGAGUGGAGUAGUUCAUGUGGAAAAAAUACCCAGAAGACAAUACUGGCACAAGACCACUUUCAUAAUGUUUCCAGAAAAAUGUGUAGGUUAAUGCUGAGCUUCAUUUAAGAGUACUAUCAGCAAAUGAACAAUGACUUCUGUCAGCUAAUAAACAACGGCCUUGAAGAAAUUAUUCUUCAUUUUUCUAAAAGAAAUAAAGUGAAUUUUAUUUCAGAUGAAAAAAGACUAGCAAUGAUUACUAGCAAUGCAUAGCAAAACGUUCAGUGAGAAAGUUAUCUAAACUAGGUAUAUUCUUGCAGUCAAGAUCAAAUUAAAUCGGCAAUAAACCAUUAGCAGAAACAAUAUAGCUCGUAGCGCAAAGCCGAUUUUUCUUUCCGGUCACCAAUGAAUUUAGAUCAACGCAGGCCUCGCUCACGAUCUUGACGUCGGAAGCCGGAAGUAGGAAAGCAAGAAAAUGCUUGAUCUUCAAAGGAGGUUGGCUAAGCAGCUGGGGGGAAGGGAGCUAUGCGGUUCAAUGGCUGCAGCGGAAAGCAAGCGACAUGCGGCGGAUCAAGUGGCCGACAAAAAGUCAAUACCUUCUGCAAGGCCGAAUAAUAGAUAUGGCACGUUCUUAAGUAUUUAGCAACCGACCUUCUCCCCAGUUUGGAAAAAUUAAGGUUUCGCUUCUGUAUGGUAAAUGACGGAAAUCCCGUGAGCCUGCUUAAUGAAAGACACUUAUUUUUUCUCCCUCGCGCAUAGAUCUAUGAACAAAAAGUAAGCUCUGUGAUUGGUUGGAGCGUCCUUGCUCCCGCUUGAUUGGCUACAGCGAAUCAAUCGCGUUUCCAAUCUCGCCAAUCAAGAAAAAGGGUGCCAACUUUUGAUUGUCGCGCAGGAGACGCUCGCGCCCGCCACCUUCUCUCGCCGCUUUCCUGUAGGUUCCGGCGGAAAGGUUUGCGCUGCUCCUGGUGGGGUUCGUUAGUAUCCGCGGUUCUUCGACGGGCUGGCAGCUCUGAAGCCCCCGUCCACGAUUACACUAUUCUUUAAAUGUCUCUGCUAUUGAAUCUCUUACGGCAAUUGUUGGAGUAUUAUGGUGUGGUCCCAGAACUGGCCUUGCAAAGGUGUAAAUUGUAUCUAAAUGGCCUUGUCUGUAUAAUUGGAUCUCGUCUUUCUUCAAAUACCUUUUCAAGAGCAUACUUCCAAGAAUUAUGUAUCAUUUCCAGGAAUUGUUUGAUAUCCUGGGUUUCAGAAGGAAAAAGAUAUGGACCUACCCGAAGUUUUAUUCGUAGAUUGGGAACAUGUCUUACAUUAAUUCCUUUUUCAAGACCUCACUUUCAGCUGGUCCAAAAUCUGAAGUCUUUAGAGGAACAAUACAGCAUCGUUAAUUCUGUUCAACCAUCUCUUGCUGAUGCCUUGUGGAUGGUGGAUGAAGACAGAAAUCCAUGCACUAAAUUCAGAUUUGAGGAAUGGAGAGGGGUUGCCAUUCCAUCUGAACUUCCUUUGCCAAGUUCUUCAAAAAAAAAAAGUGAAAAAACAACUGUUGCGGGUGAAGAUGCAUUCCAAAAAAUUCAUUUUCUUGAAAAUGAAUUAGCACAUCUUCGUAAACAGAUUGCUGCAAUUUUGGCAACAGACAGGGCAGUAAAUGAUCAAUCCCGUUCAGAUAUUGGGAUUUCAUCAAACACUCCUAAUGGUUUCCUGCAGCCAGGAAUGUUUUCUACACCAACUCCUACUUCUCUUUGUAAUGUAAUCGUACCUCCACCUCCACCGCUGCCACCUUCGUUUGGGUUAAAAUCUGAUUCUGAUUCCCAUAAUUCAACAGUUCAGCUUAUUAAACAACGUCGGGCUAUAAAGAUUGAAAAGAUUAAAGAUAAGUCUGAACUUCAGGAAGUUAGAGCUAUUCCUGAUAUGAUGGAUGUUCUCAAGGAUAUAAAUAAUGUUAAACUCAGAGCUAUUGAGAAAUCUCCUGGAGGGACACCACUACCCAAAAGAAAUAAAAUAAAGCCAUCUCAGUGGGACCCAGCAGCUUUAAUAGCAGAAGCUCUCAAAGAGAAAUUUGGAUCACAAAGCGAUGAUUCAUUUGACAAAGAGAACAGUUCUUAUGGUGCUUCACCGUUUUCUAGUCCAGAUACUCCAAUGGUUGACUGUCGCAUUUUGAAACCAAGCAUGAAGCAGAGACUUAACAAAACUGAGAAACUAACAAAUGUAUCAUCUUCAAAAAAAAUAUUUCAUAUAUAGCCACGAUGUUGAUCUUGUGUGACCAGCUGUGACUAUUACGACUACUAUUCUUUGAUUACAUUGUACAAAGGCUUAUAAAUCUAAUUGUUCUGAAUUGUGCUAACCGAGUGUUUACAUGAAUUUUUUUAUUGCAUUUGUAUUAGCUAUAAAUCUCUACAUUUUUUAAUAUCAGUUUUAUGAUAUUGGUUGCAAAGUGUUAGUCAGAUGAGUAAUGUAUAAAAAGAUAUUAAUAAGGAAACAAAAUAUAAAUAGAGGGAAAAGUUACAUUUUAACCUAGUUUAAACAAAAAAUACUAUAUUGUUUAAAAAUGACACUUUCCUAAAAAGAAUAUGUUAUUUGCUUGAUAUAUGGAAUCAUUUUAAGUUUCCCUAACUGAUGCUUACAGCAUUUGCUUCCUCUUGUAUAUACCAUAUUUUUCAGACUAUAAGACGUACCAGCACCAAAAAAAGUGGGUGGAAAUGUCUAGGGAAUUUUAUAGAGCAAAUGUGGGCCUGUUUUUGCCCUCCCAAGCCCUUCGCACAUCCGUUUUUUGCCCUUUCUGGUGUCCAGAAACAUUCUGCACUCUCCGGAGGCCUCCAUGGGUCCCAUUUCUGCCCUCCCUAGCAUCUGGGAGGCAGAAAACGGGACACACGGAGAGUUUGGGAGGCCCAUUUUUGGUGUGCCAAGAGUGCUUCUGGACACUGGGGAGGACAAAAACAAGACACGUAGAGGCCAAAAACUAUUGUUUUUUUUCUUGUUUUCCUUCUCUAAACCUAGGUGCUUCUUAUAGUCUGGUGAAAAAGAUGAUAAGUUGUGAACUCUGCAAUUGUGAAUUGAGUGGAAGGUUAUGAAGAAACAUUGGGAAAUAUAUUGUUUAUGAUGCAAAAGUUACUAGUAUGACUUCUUAAUAUCUCUGUAAAUUUACCUUCUAAAUUAGCUUUUUAAAUGUAUGUGCAGACCAUUAUACUUCUUCAUAGUUUAAAUGUAUCAAGUUUCACAGUUCUUGUAUGUUUGUCAAAGUUCAUGCAGGGUCAUAAGCUCUCAUUAAUAAUUAGCCCCUUGUCCUGUAAAUAUGCUAAACAUAGGGGAGUCAUCUAGAAUUAGUUCACAUAUCUCCACAAAUAGCUAAAUCAGCUUUGUCUGAGCUGGUUCCAAAAGCAUUAGGUAGCACUGGCUGCGAAUCCCAAGAUGUAAAUGUUGCCUAUUGUAAAUGUAUGUUUACCAUUUCUGCUGGUAUGGUCUCAUUUUUAUAGUUAUUUUUAAAUUUUCUCAGCAGUGAUCCUUUUAACUGGAUAACUUUGAUAACAGGAAUAAACCUAGCAGAAGAUAAUUGGUUUCCUUAUCAAAUAUGUAGGUGCUUCUUUAUGGCAGUGUAUUGACUCAUACUUUGCUGUUGUAUGUUGUUGCAGGUUUUUCUCUUGGGUGGGAAAUAGUUUUGUACUGAUAUUUGCAGAGAUGUACAAGGAAAGGUUAGCAAUUAUUUGUAAUUUGCAUUGGGAUGUUUCAACACUGAUGUCAGGUUAUUACUAACUCAUGUACUACGUUUUAAUCAGCACUGAACUAAUAUAUUUAGGUGCCUUCCUUAGUAGUUCAGUCUUUAAUUUAAUUUAAAGUGGCUUGUAUGUAGCUUUUUUAUUUUUAAAAGUGGGCUGUGCCAAAUGGUUACCCUUACUAGAAGAAAAUAACAAUAUGAUUUAAGUGUAUGAUUUAAAAAUUUAUUCAGCUUAGGAGGCUAGUUUCUUAUUUUCCAGAAUGAUAACAUGAUAUAUAUCAUAUCUUCAGAAUAUUUUCUUCUACCUGUAGAAAAAGUUGAAUGCUGUUUCUUUCAGGAAAAGACAAUGUCUAGUUAUUAUUAUUAUUGAAAAAAGAACAGAAUAAUUAUUGGAUAAGUUGAAAUAUAAUAUGUUUAACUUCUGCAUGGUUGCAUGUGUAAUGUCACUGAUUUAUUCUCACUGCCUAAUAAUGAUUUUCAAGAUGACAUUCCAAGUUGCAUAUUGCAGUUUUGCAUAUAUUCAUUGUGGUUCAAAUCUUAAUAACAGAACACAACAGAAAAUGUCUGCUGUGAUCUAAACUCAGAAUUUAAUUUUGUCUUAAGUGUUCAACUAUUGCAACAUUCCAUAUACAAGGAAUGGAUUCAUAACAAGAAAUAAUAGGGAUGGAUUUUUAGUAGGAUUCUGGUUUGAUGGUUUUUAUGAAUAACAUUUUGUAUGCUUGUGGCUUAAACUUAUUAUGCACAAUGAACAGGAUACAUUCACAUCACUCACCUGAAGUAUUUAUUUCUUUUAGACACCUUUUCAGAGUCUUUAGAACAAGUAUCUAUGGAGAUUCUUAGUCAUCCAGGUCAUGGUUGUCCCAAAAGUG